AGUCAUCCAUGACGUGGCCGAGUUCCAGUGGAUUAAAUAAUCAGGAGUUGUGGCCUUUGCGCGCAGUGAAUACAAAUUAUACAAUUAGGUCUAGGUACGGCCCCCUAGUUGAUAAGUCGUCUCGAAAAAGCAACAACUUCGAAGGGGGAGCUGGGUAAAGAUAUGUUUUUUCACUUCGACCUGCAAAAAGACGAAACCACCCCGUAAUGUGCAGCCCAAUUAGUGAAAAUCACGUAAUUAAAAUCGAAAAGCGAGGGCGGUUCCAUAAAACACUGCAACUUGCUCUUUGCUUUCUCUACCCCUCUUAUUUCAAGCUCUGAUAGAGAGAAAGUCGGAGAGAAUAAAGAAAGAGAGAGAAGAUGAAGGGGUGCGAGCUCUGUGGGAACGCGGCGAGGAUGUACUGCGAGGCGGAUCAGGCUAGCUUGUGCUGGGGCUGCGACGAGAAAGUGCACUGUGCGAACUUUCUGGUGGCGAGGCACUCCAGGAGCCUGCUUUGCCAUGUGUGCCAGUCUCCGACUACAUGGAAUGCCUCGGGGCCCAAGCUCACUCUCACCGUCUCAGUCUGCGACGGCUGUGUCGAGAGCCACCGCAGACCGAUCUGCAACGGAGAGGAUGAGGCUGUAGUGCUGAGCGAUGAUGGUGGUCAUGAUGACGAUGAUGAAGAUGAAGGAGAUUAUAGUUUUGGUGAGUAUGAGGACGAGGACGAGGACGAGGAUGAAGGCGAGGAUGAGGAUGAGAAUGAGGAUGGGGAGGGAGAGAAUCAGGUGGUUCCCUGGUCUUCUACUUCUUCGGAGCCGCCGCCGCCUCCGGCGAGUUCUUCUGGUAGCGAGGAGGAUGAGGAGGAGCCAUCGACUGCUAUUUCGACAUUGAAGCGGACGCGAGAGCAUACGGAUCUCGAUUCAGAUGUGAGUGAUGAGAUCGGAUGCUCCUCUUCUAUAAUGGCCUCUGGAGCAUUAGCAAGUGAGGAAGCGAGCUAUUCGGGCUCAACCAGAGCUACGAAGCAGCGAAGAAUCGCCGAUGCGAACAAACCAGAGAGACUUCCAGAAGAGUCAAGAUCGACGGCGAUCAUAAGCUCGCUCAGAAGACUCCAAAACGACAGGAUCGUAGACGAUGACGACGCGGCCGCUACGGUUCUUGGGAUUUGCAAGCUGAGCAGAGACCACAGCCGUUGAUUUGUGGAUCUUUUUCUUUUCUUUUUCUUCUUUUUUUCCUUCCCUACUUAUUAUUCCCAACCACAGAAUUUGAGGUAGUUUUUCCCUUAGCUUGUAUGAGGCUUGUGAGUUAGUGGAUUUUUAUUUUUAUUUUGUAACCUAAUAUUCCUUUUGUGUUUAUUGGCAUCAUUUGCAA